AUGUUCAGUUCAAGCGCCAAAAUUGUCAAGCCUAAUGGCGAAAAGCCAGACGAGUUUGAGUCUGGCAUUUCCCAGGCUCUGCUGGAGUUGGAGAUGAACUCUGACCUUAAAGCUCAACUAAGGGAAUUAAACAUUACUGCAGCAAAGGAAAUUGAAGUCGGGGGUGGUAGAAAAGCAAUAAUCAUCUUCGUUCCAGUCCCUCAGCUGAAAUCUUUCCAGAAGAUCCAAGUUAGGCUGGUGCGCGAGCUGGAAAAGAAGUUCAGCGGCAAGCACGUUGUCUUCAUUGCUCAGAGAAGGAUUCUGCCCAAACCAACAAGAAAAAGCCGCACAAAAAACAAGCAAAAGCGUCCCAGAAGCCGUACUCUGACCGCAGUACAUGAUGCCAUCCUUGAAGAUUUAGUGUACCCAAGUGAAAUUGUGGGCAAGAGAAUCCGUGUGAAGUUGGACGGCAGUCGGCUUAUUAAAGUCCAUUUGGACAAAGCACAACAGAACAAUGUUGAACACAAGGUUGAAACAUUUUCUGGUGUCUACAAGAAACUCACAGGCAAAGAUGUGAUUUUUGAAUUCCCAGAAUUUCAGCUGUAA